AUGACGGUGAUACAGUGUACUGUUUUGAUUAAUCAUUACUUUAUGUUCUCCUUGACCAGCAAAGUGCAUUCAGAAAACCAAGUCAGCAGGAAUGAACCAUUACAGAAGAACGUUUCAGAAUCUCUCACUGACAGCUCAGUUGGCAAACUGUUGCAGCUUUUACAAUCAGAAAAACUGAUCUCCGAGCACAAUUCUUCUUGCAUUUCAUCGAAACUGCUCAAUACUGCUACAAAGGUAGGGCUGACCAGCGCUAUCAGUCUCAUUGUGGGUACCAUGAUUGGCUCGGGAAUUUUUAUAUCACCCAAAUCUGUUUUAUCCAAUACUGGAGCAGUCGGACCAUGUUUGAUUACCUGGACAGCUUGUGGUGUCCUGGCAACAAUGGGUGCUCUAUGCUAUGUUGACCUGGGGACGAUGAUCACUCAAUCAGGGGGGGAAUAUUCAUAUCUCCUCGAAGCUUUUGGCCCAGUUCCUGCAUUCUUGUACUCCUGGAUGAGUAUAAUUGUUGUAAAGCCCUCGUCGUUUGCUAUAAUUUGUCUGAGUUUUGCCGAAUAUGCAGCAACUCCAUUCUAUCCAGGCUGUGUACCGCCACAGAUUGCUAUCAAAUUACUCGCUGCUGUUGCUAUUAUUUUUAUCACCCUGGUGAAUUCGCUGAGUGUGAAGUUAGCUAGUUAUGUCCAGAACUUCCUCACCGUGGCCAAACUGCUGAUUGUUGCUGUCAUCAUUGUGGCUGGAAUUGUCCUGCUAGCACAAGGAAAUACACAGAACUUUGAAAAUUCAUUUGCUGGAUCUCAGACCUCCUUUGGUUCGAUUGGUUUGGCAUUUUAUAAUGGAAUGUGGGCAUAUGAUGGGUGGAAUCAACUCAACUUUAUCACAGAGGAACUGAAGAAUCCUUACAGAGAUUUACCACUCGCCAUCAUCAUCGGUAUUCCUCUGGUUACUUUUUGUUACGUCCUGGUGAACAUCGCCUAUUUCGCUGCAAUGACUCCCACUGAAUUACUGCAAUCUUCUGCCGUGGCUGUGACUUUUGGAGAUCGAAUCCUCACUCCCGUCUCUUGGGUAGUUCCACUCUUUGUCGUAUUUUCUACCUUAGGGGCUGCAAAUGGUUCCUGUUUCACAGCCGGCAGGCUGACUUAUGUGACAGCCCGUGAAGGUCAUAUGGUUAAGUUAUUGUCAUACAUCAACAUCAGACGUUUAACACCCUCACCAGCUCUCAUAUUUAAUGGCUUUCUAGCUAUUAUCUACAUAAUUCCAGGAGAUAUCAACACUCUUAUAAAUUACUUCAGCUUUGCUUCCUGGAUUUUUUAUGGACUGACUACGUUCUCGUUAAUCGUCAUGAGAUUUACAAGAAAAAAUCUGCGAAGACCUGUUAAGAUUCCCAUCAUUGUUCCAUGCAUUGUAACUGUUAUUGCAGUUUACUUGGUUCUUGCUCCAAUCAUUGACUCCCCAGACUGGGCAUACCUAUACUGUACAUUAUUCAUUGUGGGAGGACUAAUAUUUUACGUCCUGUUCAUUUAUUUUCGCUUCAGCUGGAUUAGCAGAAUAAUAAGGCCGAUUACCAUGCAUCUACAGUUGUUCCUGGAGGUGGGACCAACAGAAACUGAAAAAUAAAAAUAUUGUUCUUAUUGCUUAAUGCACCUCUACCUCAUUAUCAUUGAUGGAAUGAAUGAGGCAGAUUACAAUGUAAAAUACAUUUAGUGCCACUGAGACACUAUUUUCAGACAUAUUGGUGACUAUUCAAUAAUUUAUUCUGAUGAACAGUUUGGGAUAUUAUUAACAUAUCUGUAGCUGUUUAACCAAUGCUACCCAAGUCUGAGAGCUUAAAGGGCCUGUCCCACAGUACGAGGUAAUUCAAGAGUUCUCCCGAGUUUUCCUCUGAUUUGAACUCGGUGAAUGUCCAUAGCGGUCCGUAGGAGUUCGUGGAUGUCUCGGCUCGUACAAGUAACGGUAG